AUGAAAGGAUUACGUUUGGAUGACAUUUCCUCCCAGCGUGAACAAUCAAACACAUUGACAACAAUAGCUGAGCAAUCAAAAGAUUUGCUAAAUCAACAAAUGGAACAAUUGAAGCGCACUUUGAACAAUACUACAUCAGCGCCGAAAUCUAUAAUGUCACAAAUUGCACGCUGCUUACGCUGCACAAAACCAUUCCUUCUAGCAAUUCGAGCAGCAUUGGUAUCAGGAAAUCAUUUCGAGAGAUUUGUUAACGUUUGCAACAGAUUACGUGGAGUGUUACAGUGUACCAGUCACGUACCCGGAAAAUGUUCAAAAGAAAAAGGAAUUGAAUCCUUACUAAACAGUUUCCGAUAUUUUUGCAUAGAUCAAUUUUUAGCCUAUAAAUAUAUUUUCGAAUGCUUGGAUCUUCAUUCAGCAGCAGUUUUACGUGAAUGUCAACAGAGAUGUCAAGCAACUCGUCAAGUACUUGGAUGGUUCCUAUACAGUUACAUUCAUUCCACUUUACCGUUUUCAGUGCCGGAAUCUGAUGUACCAGCCAAAAUAAAUGUGAAAUAUUUUAAUAAAAUAAGCAGCGAUGCUUGUAGCGCAUUGUCAUGUUAUAUGCAAUGCUUACGGGAGAAAUACAAUAGACGAUGUAGCGAUAUUGGUGGUAAUAUGCUUUUGGAAGUAUUAUUCAGGCCAUUGGUAUCGUUGCACAAAUCUUGGGCAUAUAGUCCGAUAGCUACAUCAAUGAUGCUAAUUAUGCCACAAACAUGUAACUUUCUUACAAAUUUAAAUCAAUUAAACAAUUACAGAUUAGAUGGAAAGACAUAUGCCAAAAUUAAUAAUGCAUUUCCGAAAAGUGCUAUAAAUCAAUAUGCCAAUCAUUUGCAAGGUUCUAAUUCGUCUGCUACUUUAUGGAUGCCACUUUUGAAAAAUAUACCAUCACCGCUGGAUCAUACAGAAUUUUCGAGUAAUCCAAUAAAAGUUUCAACACCAACAAUACAUAUUGAAGAAAUUGAGGAAGCAAUUGAAGAACUAAAAGCCAUCGAUAAAUUGCAACAAUUAAAAUUAUAA